GCUCCCCCCACCCCCCGCGCGCGCGCAGUUCGUUCCGCCUCCCACGUCGCACGCUACGGCCACCUACCACCCGCGACGACCGGACCGGGGGUAGCAGCAGCGCGCGACCAGCCGGGGAUAGCAGCCAGCAGCCAGCAGCAAUGGAGGCGGCGGCGGGAGUCGCGAUGCAGUCGCGGGCGGUCGGGGUCGCCGGAACCGGCUCCUGCGGGCGCCGGAGCGGGGAUGGCCGGGCGCGCCCGGGGAGCCUGCGAGUCGGAGGCCCGGCCGCCGCGCCGGUGCUGCGGGCUCGCGGGGCCAGGCCUGCCGACCCGCUCUGCUGCCUCAAGACAUCCAGAGGUCAUCAGAGCUUGCAUAACUCAGUUGACGAAGCCCUCUUGCUAAAGAGGAAAGCAGAGGAAGUUCAGCUCGAAUUGAAUGGGCGGUGUAUUUACCUAGUUGGAAUGAUGGGCUCUGGAAAGAGCACCGUGGGCAAGAUAUUAGCGGAAGUCUUGGGUUAUUCAUACUUUGACAGUGAUAGUUUGGUCGAACAGGCAGUCGGAAUGCCUUCCGUUGCUCAAAUAUUUAAGGUUCAUAGUGAAGCAUUCUUCAGAGACAGUGAGAGUAGUGUUUUGAGAGAUUUAUCCUCAAUGCAUCGACUAGUUGUUGCUACUGGAGGUGGUGCCGUCAUUCGACCAGUCAACUGGAGAUAUAUGAAGAAAGGUCUGUCUAUCAUGUUGGAUGUGCCUUUGGAUGCGCUUGCGAAGCGAAUUGCACAAGUUGGGACUGCUUCUCGGCCCCUUCUAGAUCAGCCAUCUGCUGAUCCAUACACAGCGGCUUUCACGAAACUCAGCCUGCUCGCUGAGCAAAGAGGGGAUGCUUACGCAAAUGCCGACGUAAGGGUCUCUCUUGAAGAGCUUGCAGCUAAAAAGGGUCAUGAUGAUGUCUCUCAGCUAACCCCGACUGAUAUUGCUGUCGAGGCCCUGCAAAAAAUUAAGAAUUUUGUCACUGAACAUUCCAUGGCCAGUGGCCCAUUCGCCGACUUAUAAAUUGGUUCCGGGGACGAAGGAUGCAACCUCAGGCUGAAUGCAACCCUUGUAGAAUUUCGGCCCCAAUUUGUUUGUACCUUGUAUCUUCACUUUGUAUCGCUCAACGUUGUUGAUUCAUUCUUUAUACUGAAAAAGGAGCUGUGCUGAAGCAUGCUCUGGAAAUAAUAAAAGAAUAACGGAUGGAGCUAAUGUUAAGAGCUCCACUGUUACGAGAUCAUUGCACUU